AAUAGCACAGUUACCCUAGUUAUUUUUUCGUUUUGCUUUUGGGUAUCAUCUCUGCAACUGAAAUUACCAGUUUUGUCGAGUCAAACCAGUGACACCAGCUGACCGUCGGAGCCGGAAUCCGCCGCCGCCGCAGAUCAGUGCCGCUGGAUCUUGCCCAAUGAGUGACAUUUUCUUCUUAUUAUGGCUGCCAAAUCGGUGAAGAGAAGAUCAAAGAAGUCUUCAUCGGACUCAAACCCAACAAGUUCUACUAACAAUUCGAUGGCGUCUUUGCCUUCGCCCUUGCGUUCGAGAUUUUGGAUUGUUCCUAUUAUAAUUACAUCUGUUUUGUUUGUAUUUGCUAUGAUUCUUUUUAGCGUUUCGCCGAACAAGCUUAGCCCGCUUGUUUCCGACGCGGACGUUGAUCUCAUAUACGGCGUUGAAGUUGUGAAUGAGUUUCCUCAUGAUCCCGAGGCUUUUACUCAGGGGCUUCUGUAUGCAGGGAAUGACUCCCUUUUUGAAUCUACUGGACUUUAUGGGCAUUCAUCUGUUCGAAGAGUUGCUCUUAGGACUGGAAAGGUUGAGGCUAUUCACAAUAUGGAGUCUGCUCACUUUGGGGAGGGUAUGACUCUCCUUGGUGACAUGCUAUUUCAAGUUACUUGGAUGAAGGAUACUGGUUUUAUAUACCACCGAAAGAACUUAACCCGAAUUAAGAGAUUCACCAGUCCAAUGCCUGACGGUUGGGGCCUAGCCACUGAUGGAAAUAUUUUAUUUGGAAGUGAUGGGUCUUCAACCUUAUAUCAUAUUGAUCCUCAAACAAUGAAAGCUCUUGAAAAACAUGUCGUCAAGUACAAAGGCCAAGAAGUUCACAACCUAAAUGAACUCGAAUACAUUAACGGCGAAAUAUGGGCAAAUGUUUGGCAGACAGACUGCAUCGUGAGACUAUCGAGCAAAGGCUCCCGCGUACUGGGGUGGAUCUACCUACCUAGCCUGAGGGAAGAACUAUUACAAAAUGGAAAUACGGGAAUUGAUGUCUUGAAUGGCAUAGCAUGGGAUGAGGAACAAAACCGUCUUUUCGUGACAGGGAAGUUGUGGCCAAAGCUAUAUGAGAUAAAAGUGCAACCAUUGAAGAAUCCAUUGAAGGACCUUAUACCAAAGGUCUGCAUACUUCCCCGGUUCAAUUUCAGACAACAUUAGAUUCAAUAUGUUCAACAAUUUAACAAUAUAUCUAUAUCAGAAGAUAGACAUAACUUCAGUUUAUUGGGGUAGGCUAAUUAACUUAAGUUUUCUUUGUUAUUUA